AUGUCUAGUGCUGAUACUGCAACGUCAUGUCGCUUCUCAACACGUAUCUCUCUACGAUGGCUCCCAGAGCCGGCACAUGAAACAACAGAUACAAUCGUCAUGUCCGUCAAUGGCUGGUACCUCGAUUUACGAAUAGACCUGAAGACAAAUGACAUAGACUGGGCCAUUGCCGGCCAAAGGGUUGUUGAGAGCGAAGAGCCACUUCGGGUUGCCUUUACACACGAGCUCGACUCGCAUAAUGCUUUUGAAAGCGUCGACUGUGGCACUUUUGUCACCCUCCCGAACGGCGAUGAUCUGGAGACGGGUGAAAUGCCCCGCCAUGAUCUUCCCGGUGCACCUGUGGCCGAGUACGAGGAAGUUUGGCGGGAGCUCCCAUUCCGAGAGAGUCCAGAGGGUACUAAAAAGGGGAUAUCAUGGGUUCUAGAGUCUGAUGAUGGUGAUCUAAGCGAAAUAGAAGGCGAGGUUACGGUGAGAAAGAUCUUUUUGGGUCGGAUUUGGGGUACUUUUUUGGCGCUGCAACAGGAUUUGACUCAUGUUCGACAAAGAAGCCCAUCUGGGGAGUGGCUUGUAACUAAGACCGGAGGUGUAGUUAGUGCUAGGAGGGAAGAAUGGAGCGAUGGGUGGAUGGAACGAUAUGCUGUCGGACGAUUCGGUGGUUCGUUACCCUCGAUGGCGAGAGGAAUUCAAGGAAUGGAUUCUUGGGAGACUGUAGGGGAGAGGAUAGAUAUUGACGGACGUCCAUUCAUUCUCCGAGCCUUUGAAGAAUUUAGUUAUGCCAACCCCACCAAUGCUGCGUUUCUUUGCUACACACGGCAAGGACUUCGGUCUUUGUCCUCGGGCUUCAUUGCCCGAGACCCAUCGCAAAUGAGAAAUUCGGAGGAAUCUUCAAAACCCAACCCGCUCCAUCUUCCACUUGUGGAAGCUGGGGCCGGUACUGCCCGCGAGGGCCUGGUGUGA